UCCCCCCCCUUGCUACUGCUGCCCACAAACGACCGAUGCUUCAUGUGCCCAGCGGGAGAGCUUUGGGCUCAAGGGACCUUGAAAAGCUGCCCCCAUUCCCUCGAAAUUCCCAGCUCCGCGGCCACCCCCGCGUACCGGUGCAGACGCGGGCAGAGCAAAGCCAGCGCCGUUCCCAGCUGCCAUCGGAGCCGCCUCGGUGACUCAGCAGCCGUGCUGAAAGCUCCCUUAUUUAUUUAAACGGCUGCUCCCGCUCGGCUGAGCAUCUCCUGCAGGGAUGCUGCCGCUGGGCCGGCCCCGGCCGCCGCUCGGCGAGGAGGAGAGCGGUACCCGGCGCUCCGAGCCCCCCGGUUCGCUCCGGACGCGAUGGCUUUGACUACCUGGGCUCUCGGCCCCGCGCUGCGGCUCUGUGCCGCCGGCCCUGUCUGCUCCUGGGAGAUGCUGCACGUGGCCGGAGCAGGUGUGUGCGGCUGCUGCGGCGCCCUGCGUCCUCGCUACAAAAGACUCGUUGACAACAUCUUCCCUGAGGACCCAGAGGAUGGGCUGGUGAAGACUAACAUGGAGAAGCUGACAUUUUAUGCUCUGUCUGCUCCAGAGAAGCUGGAUCGUAUUGGUGCCUACCUCUCCGAGCGGCUCAUCCGAGAUGUGAGCCGGCACCGAUAUGGGUACGUGUGUAUUGCAAUGGAGGCCCUGGACCAGCUCCUCAUGGCCUGCCACUGCCAGAGCAUCAACCUCUUCGUGGAGAGCUUCCUGAAGAUGGUGGCAAAGCUGCUGGAGUCAGAGAAGCCAAACCUGCAGAUCCUGGGGACCAACUCGUUUGUGAAGUUUGCCAACAUAGAAGAGGACACUCCAUCUUAUCACCGCAGCUACGACUUCUUCGUCUCCCGCUUCAGUGAGAUGUGUCACUCCAGCCACGAUGACCUGGACAUCCGGACAAAGAUCCGGAUGUCUGGCAUUAAAGGCCUACAAGGAGUGGUGAGAAAGACAGUGAAUGAUGAGCUCCAAGCCAACAUCUGGGACCCUCAGCACAUGGACAAAAUCGUGCCCUCGCUGCUCUUCAACUUACAACACGUGGAGGAGUCUGAAAGCCGCUCCCCCUCCCCACUGCAAGCCACUGAGAAGGAGAAGGAGAGUCCUACGGAGCUGGCAGAGAGGUGCCUGCGGGAGCUGCUGGGCCGAGCGGCGUACGGCAACAUCAAGAACGCCAUCAAGCCCGUCCUCAUCCACCUGGAUAACCACUCGCUUUGGGAGCCGAAGAUCUUUGCCACGUGCUGCUUCAGGAUCAUCAUGUAUUCAAUCCAGCCACAGCAUUCCCACCUCGUGAUCCAGCAGCUCCUGGGACACCUGGAUGCCAACAGCAAGAGCGCAGCCACCGUGCGUGCGGGCAUCGUCGAGGUCCUUUCAGAGGCAGCGGUGAUUGCAGCCUCCGGAUCUGUUGGCCCCACGGUGCUGGAGGUGUUUAACACCCUGCUGAGGCAGCUAAGGCUCAGCAUUGACUAUGCACUGACAGGGAGCUAUGACUGCGGUGCUGGUGUCAGCACCAAGAUCAUCAAAGAGCAUGAGGAGAGGAUGUUCCAGGAGGCCGUCAUUAAAACCAUAGGGUCCUUCGCCAGCACACUGCCCACCUACCAGCAGUCUGAGGUGAUGGUCUUCAUCAUGAACAAGGUGCCACUACCCUCCACACAGCAGUCCAUUGAGGCUGGCAAAGCUGGGGAGAAUCGGAAUCGGCUGACACAGAUAAUGCUCCUAAAGUCCCUGCUCCAGGUCUCUGUGGGCUUCCAGUGCAGCAACAUGCUCACGGCACUUCCCAGUGUUUUCCUGGACAGGCUGCUCUCUGCAGCCCUCAUGGAGGAUGCUGAGAUCCGCCUCUUUGUCCUCGAGAUCCUCAUCAGCUUCAUCGAUCGUCACGGGAACCGGCAGAAGUUCUCCACCAUCAGCACCAUCAGCGACAUCUCGAUCCUGAAGCUGAAAGUGGACAAGUGCUCACGUCAGGAUACUGUCUUCAUGAAGAAGCAUGGCCAGCAGCUCUACCGGCACAUCUACCUGAUCUGCAAGGAGGAGAGCAACGUGCAGGCUCACUAUGAGGCUCUUUACAGCAUGCUGAUGCUCAUUAGCAUUGAGCUGGCUAACGAGGAGGUCAUGGUGGACCUCAUCCGCUUGGUGCUGGCAGUGCAGGAGAUUGCCCAGAUCAACGAGGAUAACUUGACAGUGUACAACCGCUGUGCACUCUUUGCCCUUGGUGCAGCUUACCUGAACCUCAUCAGCCAGCUCACCACCGUGCCCACCUUCUGCCAGCACAUCCAUGAGGUCAUCCAGAUGCGGCAGAAGGAAGCUCCCUAUCUACUCCCUGAAGACGUGUUUGUGGAGAGACCCAGGCUGAGCAAGAGCCUUGACCGCCUGGGCCCAGAGGUCUUCUUCUGGCAGAGCAAGAUCAGUGAGGUGCUGGGAGGCAGUGGCUACAACUCAGACAGGCUCAGCACACCCUAUGUUCCCCAGCUGACAGAUGAAGAUCGCUUGUCCAAGAGGAAGAGCAUUGGUGAGACCAUUUCCCUUCAGGUCGAGGUGGAGUCGAGGAACAGUCCUGAGCGAGAGCAGAGAGCACCAGCAGAAGAAAUCACAUAUGAGACGCUAAAGAAGGCAAUAGUAGACAGUGUCGCUGUGGAGGAGCAGGAGCGGGAACGGAGGCGGCAAGUGGUGGAGAAAUUCCAGAAAGCCCCAUUUGAGGAGAUCGCUGCCCACUGCGGUGCUCGGGCGACGCUGCUGCAGAGCAAACUCAACCAGAUCUUCGAGAUCACCAUACGGCCACCACCAAGUCCCUCCGGCACCAUCACAGCUGCCUAUGGCCAGCCCCAAAACCACUCCAUCCCGGUGUACGAGAUGAAGUUCCCAGACCUGUGCGUGUACUGAAGGUGGCCGCGCUGGUAGGGCAGAGCCACCGCUGCACAGCUCGCACCAAAGGACCUCUCGGGGAGAGACUGCUGACCCUGCGGGGAGCACAUCCUCCUGCAGGACGGGUGGGGACACGGGCUCUGAGGCCACCCCUCAGAUUUGUUGGCACCACAAACCCGUCUCCCGUACUUUAUUCUGUGCCCAUGUUUCACAGCAGUUGGUGGUGCAGGAGGCAGGAGGUGGGUAUUUGCUGUGACCUCCAUCGCUGGUUUCCGUUGUCGGGAAGGGGAGAGGAGAUGCUCUGGCUCCGAGCAGAGCACGUUUUUCAUGUACAUCUUCCUGGCAUAAAGCAAACCUGUUCUCUGGGGGAAUCCCUCCCCACAUCAUCUGUCAGCCAUGUCAAGAGCCCCUGGCAAGGGGCAGGGCUGAAGCUGGAGGGUGGGAGACUGUGAAAGGCAGGAGCAGGGAUGGGAUGCAGUGUGCCCGAGCCAGGGGCAGCCACAAAACCAGAACCUGCCCGAGGUGGUGCCUGAGCAAGGUUGCUAGAGGGGAUUCAUCACCUGCAUCCAGCUCCUGGCCUGUGAGUCUGGACCUUCCCCUAGGCACAUGGGUCAUUCCCCUGGGUACCUCACUGUGCCCUGAUGCCCUGGACAAAGGGAUUGCCUGGUGCAGCAUGAGGGUGGCGAUUGCCGCAUCCCGGUGCAGGGCCACACAGCAGCCUGGCUGGUCCCAGGUCACCUGAAAACACAAUUUCUUUGGGAAAACCCCCUUUUUCUUU